ACAGCUGCAGACUAUUGCAAUGCAGUUGGACCAACAGAGUGUGACCAGCAGCUGUGCAAGGCAAACACGACCAUAGUGUGACCAAUUGACUCAAAUGUGCGUCGACGGCAGCAGCAGUGCAAUUUCAACAAAAUAAGUUGAAGCAUUUGCGUUGCGGUGCAGAAAGAGAGACAACAACAACAACAAAGCUAAUUGCAAUUUGGCUGCAUUACUAACGGGAGUUGCUUUAGUGUGCAAAGAGAAGAACAAGCAGCAGCAACAAAAACAACAACAACAACAAUAUGGCCGAUCCCGAGAGGCAAAGCUUGAUACCUGCGGAUCAGCCCCGCGCACCGACCUCCUACUCAUCCUAUCAAGACGAUGGCGCCGAAAAUCCCGUAAGCAGUGCAGUGGCCAACAACGAGGAUGGCAGCAAUGCACAGGUGCCGUUCAUUGGACCCGAUGAGGUGCCACCGCCUUAUCAGAGCAGCAGCACCAGCGGAGUGCCCAUGGUUACCUGUCGGGUGUGUCAGAACAUGAUUGACAUCACCAGCAAGCGUGAGCAGCAUGUGGUCAAAUGCACCCACUGCAACGAGGCAACUCCCAUUCGGAAUGCGCCUCCUGGCAAGAAGUAUGUGCGUUGUCCUUGCAAUUGUCUCUUAAUCUGCAAGAGCUCGUCGCAGCGCAUCGCUUGUCCCCGACCCAAUUGCAAGCGCAUCAUCAAUCUGGCUCCCAGUCCAGUGACACCGCCAGUGCCCACCAUGCCGGGCAUGUGUCGCGUCACCUGUGGCCACUGUUCCGACACGUUUUUGUUUAACACCUAUCACAAUGCCCUGGCUCGCUGUCCACACUGCAGGAGAGUGUCCUCGGUGGGCGCACGUUUCGCCAACAGUCGCGGCAUUCUGUUUGCUAUUGUCGCAUUUCUCUUCCUUCUUGGCAGCAUUGGCCUGACCGUUGGCACCAUCUCAUACGCAUCGGAUCAUGGCGGCAUGUAUAUUCUCUAUAUUGCACUCUUCAUCAUUGCGGCUAGCAUGUUGGCGCGUUCCGUUUAUUAUUUCCGGCUUAAAGUGAGCGCCAUCGAUGGGCCCAUGUAAGAUUCGCGGUGUGUCGAUUAAUAUGCAAAGGCAUUGUUUUAUUUUUAUAAAUAUAUAUAUAUAUAUGCAUAUAUAUAUUAUUCAUAUAUAUCAUUCCUUUUGAUAUUAAACGAAAACCGUAAAUCAUAAAGCAAAAGCAAAUCGAAAAAACCAUGAAAAAAUAGCAAAGAGAACACACAAAAAAAACGAAACAUUUUUGAAAGCCAUUCACCAUUCUCAUUCUACAUCAUCUGCAGAGCCCUCAGCUCCUUUUCUCAACAAAUAUUAAUGCAAACAAUUUAAAAAUGUAGUUUAAAAUCACAGUAAACUUUAGCUAAAUCGUCCCAUCCCAAAAGCAACAUUUUUGAAAAGCAUAAUUAAGACUUUAAGCCAAGCGCAUUAAAACCUAAUUACAAGCAAAAAAAAAGAAUUAACUCUUUAAGAAGCAAAUGCAGAAUAACAGAAAAUUGAGUAUAAAAUAGCAAAUGCUUACAACAAAACAAAAACAAAAAAAGGGAUUACAUUAAAAAGUAAAAAAAAGUGCUAAAAUGGAAACUAAAAACUGUAGUCAGUGAUUAGACCAAUUAAUUGACCGACAGACACAACAGACAGGCGGAUAACAUCUUCUAUAUAGCAUAUAUAAUAUAUAUAAAGCAAAUUUUUUAUAAAUAAAUAAGCGCUAUUUUUUCAUACACUUCUCGUUUUUUAUACGUUUGUGUUCUUAAAUGAUAUGUAAAAAAAAGAAAUAAUCUGUUUUCUGUUUGUGCUUGUCCCUCAUUGUUUUUCGGUAUUUAUUCUGU